AUGACUACCAAUUGGUCAAUGUCUGAUGAUGAUUUCUAUGGACCACCACCAGCUUAUUCAGUAAAUCCACCACCAUCUAUUUAUAUUAUACCUGAUAUACGAAAUGAAUAUCAAGAAAGAUCAUCAUUAUCUCAUGUAUCUAUUGUUUUAUCAUCAAAAUUUCAACGAUAUUUACUUAUAAAUGGUAUUCUUCAUAUGAUUAUUAGUUUAGCAUGUAUUGUUUGUGAUAUUCUUUUAAUUAGUAUGAAUGAAUCAUAUUCAUUUACUGGUUUUUGGUCAGGUGUUUUAUGUUUUGGAUUAGGAAUUUAUCUUAUUUUAUUUAUGAGUCAUCCUAAAAAACAAACAUGUUCUUUACAACGUUUUAAAUUUAUUCAUAUAACUAUAUUUCUUAUUAUAAUAGCUUCAUUAGUACUUUCAUCUCUCAGUCUUGCAUCAGAUUUUUGUUAUGAUACAUAUUUUUUUCAAUCAUUUCGAUGUCAACAAUCGGCUAAACAAUUAAAAAUUGUUCUUAUUGCAUUUUUUUCUUUUACAUUUCUACAAAUAUGUACUACUGCUUUAGUAAUAUCUGUUCAUACUACUAGAUAG